AUGGACCUCCUUCACACACAACUCGCUGCCAUUGAACGCCGCCUGGCCUUCGUGGCCGUAGACUCGAUAGACUGGAAGACCUACGUACAAGCCUUCUCAUGGGCUGUAUGCCUCUUCGAGUCCUACCUGAUCCUCCGACAGUAUCCUCUAUACUCGAAGCCUACACCACCAGCAGCACUCGCGGAGCACUUCACCGGCGAGGUGUACAUAAAGUCGCAGGCAUAUGGCAAGGACAAGGCAAAGUUCUCGCUGCUCGCAGGAUUGUACAAACAAGCCGUGGACUCCUUGAUGCUGCACUGUGGCAUAUACGCCUGGGCAUGGGAGAUAGCAGGGAUACUGACGGGGCGAUUCGGCUACGGGCCUGAAUAUGAGAUCACCCAGUCCAACGUCUUCGCCAUCGUGCUCUUCUUCGUGUCUUCGUUACCCACGCUGCCGCUCUCAGUCUACCAGACGUUCGUCCUCGAAGAGAAGCAUGGUUUCAACAAGACAACACCCGCGCUCUUCGUCGCGGACAUGCUCAAGGGAUGGCUCGUUGGGCUCGCCCUCGCACCUCCGUUCCUCUCCGCGUUCCUCUGGAUCUUCAAGUGGGCCGGCGCCCGCUUUGUGCCGUGGCUCAUGGCCUUCAUGAUCGCGUUUCAAAUGACGAUGGUGAUCAUCUACCCGACGCUCAUCCAGCCACUGUUCAACAAGCUCUCGCCGCUCUCCGCGGGCGAGCUCCGCACGCGCAUCGAGGCGCUCGCGGCGCGCCUCAAGUUCCCGCUGAAGCACCUGUACGAGAUCGACGGCUCGAAGCGCAGCUCGCACAGUAAUGCGUACUUCUACGGUCUGCCCUGGAGUAAGCACAUCGUCGUCUUCGACACGCUCAUCCAGCAGAGCACGCCCGGCGAGGUUGAGGCCGUCCUGGCACACGAGCUCGGACACUGGUACUACUACCACCCGACGAAGAUGAUGUUCGUCUCGCAGCUGCACCUCUUCUCCAUCCUCGCGCUCUUCCCCGCGUUCCUGCACGCGCCGCCCGUGCUCCGCGCGUUCGACUUCCCCGCACACGUCGCCGUGCACCCGCCCACCAUCGUCGCGUUCCUGCUCUUCCAGAUGAUCAUCUCGCCGCUCGAGUCCGUCGCGAGCAUCGCGCUGAACGCGGUGAGCCGCCGGUUCGAGUACCAGGCGGACCGCUUCGCGUGCGAGCUCCAUGGGAUGCUCAAGGCGGAGGAGAUGGCGGACAUGGGCGACCGCCUCGGCCGCGCGCUCAUCACGCUCCACGUCAAGAACCUGUCCACCGUCUGGGUCGACUGGCUGUACUCGGCGUAUCACCACUCGCACCCGACGCUUACGGAGCGGUUGCGCGCGUUGGAGGGCUUCAAGGGUGCUGCAGCAAGUGCGAGCAAGAAGGAGCUCUGA